AUGCUACCUGACUUGGCCCACUACUAUAGAGAAAUGGAGGGAACUGACAUCCUGUCAAGAACCUUUGAGUCUAAUGAGAUACUAACUCCACUUCAAAUUCCUUCACGUCCAACUGUCUCACAAGAUAGAUAUAACAAGUUCAGGGAAUCCCUUCAUUGGUGCAGGCUUCCCUGGGGAACAGAGAGGGAGCAUGGAGGAACUGCACUACUUGUAUUGCCAGAAGAACACAGGGCAAAGGACCAGCCUGCCUGUGCACUUGUUAAAGGACAUCAACAUUAUGGUAGUGCUGUAGACCCCUGGCCAAGAGGCCUUCCCAUUGAACAAUACUAUUAUGUCGCCCAGCUGAAAAAAAGUGAUGUGCGUAUGAAUGAUGAGCUGCUUCAUAAGCCGCCAGACAGUUUGGCUAAACCACUGUGCCUGCCCUUUCCCACCUCUCAUCCCUACCAGACACACAUCUCUAGGUACACCAUGUUCCCAAACUUCAGAUCAACUGAGGAUCGAUACACUGGGGUUGAGGCAAGCCAUCAUCAGCCUUUUCAUCCCAAUACCCCUACCAAGGCUUUUGAUGUGGUUGUUCUGAGGAAGACCAAAGGUAAUCCAUACAGGCACGAAGUGGUCAGUAUUCCCUCUGACUUCCGGAAGGAGGCUGUGCAUUGGCUGGGACAGCACACAUACUUCCAUCUUCCUAAGCUUGCUGAACAAAAGGAUCAAAUAUACUGUCCAAAUCCACCAAAGACAGUGGCCCCUAACUCCACUCUUAAAGAUCUAGAACAUAAACUCUCUCCAAGAACAACCAAUAUGUUACGAAACAGUGAAAGGGCUCAGUGGAUCACAACAUACAGUCGGGACUUCACAGGCAGAGGUCCUAUGAAUCCCCUUAACCUGGAUGACUAUGACAUGAAGGUACUUGACAAAUUAACGCAAGAACUAGGAGAAGACAUGGAACUUAAAGAAACAUUUCUACCCAGUCUUUCACAAGUGAGACCUCUUGAAGGGCGCACUGCACGUUUACUUCAAGGUCGACAUCCCCAUGAAUCAAUUCUGCAAGAACAGCACUCCUCCAAUGUUCAGAUGCCUCCACCUUUAUACAGUGUUCAUACCACUGCACCCAGCUACUCAGACACAAUGCUGAGUAAAAUAAAAGCAACAGCCAAUGAGCAGUGCAAAGUGACAGAAAACACAGAUCAGAAAUGGGAUGUGAGCCAAAAGCAGGCCCAUCUGUCUCAGAUAAGUUACCAGAAAGAUGAUUAUCUGGAUACAAGGCCACCAGCAAACAAAUUUCAGAAAAUCACUGAUGCGUGGCAAACAGAAGCAUUGUACUGGAGGCAGCUUGCAGGAAGGCCCAAAAUCGAAUCCCUUCCAAAAUCUGUAUGUUCCCCUUCCUAUAAAGAUUUGAAGCCCAGCCAUUUGGACCAAUAUAGAAUACGGAACAACAGAGGUAGUCUACAUAUGCCUAGCUUACCACAGGAUGUAAAGAGUGAGGAAAGCGGAACUAUCAUGCACAAGCUUUGGCAUCAAGAAGCAAGCCAGCCUCUAUGGAGAUCAGAGGACAGGCCAAGAAAGACAGCGCUGCCUGAAUGUAUUCCUAGUUAUAAGAUUCCUCAGCACCGGACAACAUUGCUGGAGCUGCAUGAUUCCUUCUCAAAGACAGCAGCACACAAACAUUUUCAUGAUUCUAUUAAAGGAGAGACAAAAGAUCUCAGAGAUAACAUUACUGAGAGAAGAAGACACAAAUUCUGUGGUUUCAAUUCUUUUUAUUUCUACAACUGA